AUGUCCUACAACAAACCCGACAACCCACCCCCCUCCUACCCCUCCCCCGUCCACGACGCCGGACCCUACCACUACCAACAGCAACAGCAACAAGGCUACCCACCCCCGCAAGGCGGCGCCUCCCAGGACUACUACAAUCAAAGCGGCGGCGGCUACCCCCCACAGCAAGGCUACGGCCCCCCUCCGCCAGGUGGUGGCGGCUACUACCCCCCUCCGCAGGGCUAUCCAGGCUCGCCGCCCCCGCAGCAGCAGCAGCAGCAACCGAUGUACUAUCCGCAACAGCCACCGCCGCCGCAGCAGGGGUACUAUGCGGGCGGGGAUCGGGGCGGCGGGUCGUCUGGUGGGGGCAUGUGUGCGGGUAUCAUGGCGGCGUUGGCGUGUUGUUGUUGUUUGGAUAUUUUGUUCUAGGGUGGUGGAUUCUUAAAGUCUGUGGGUUGGUGAUGGAUGGAUAGUGGUGUGGUGUGGGUGAUGAUGGAUGGAUGGAUGGAUGCCUUUAUACCAACUCUUAUUUAUAUGGGGAUGGGUGGGGGUGUUGGGCGCUGCGUUUCUUUUGGCUUGAGUAUUGGAUUGUGCUGGUUUUGGGGUUGGGUCUGCUUUCAGUCUAAACGGUUCUUGGUGUUUGUGUUUUUGCUUUUACUUACUUUUACUGUGGGACUUGUUGUUCUUGCUCUGGGCUGAGAUGGAACGCUAUACCACACCUUACCUUACUCCAUUGACAAUCGCCAUAUCGAUAUUCAAACAUACUAUGGCCUAUGGCAUAAAUGUCAUCAUUAUCAUUAAACCUAACUCACUAAACUCUUCAUAUAAAUGCAGCAUAUC